UAAUUAUCUAGGAUUUGUUUUUUGAAAGAUAAACAUGAAAAUGAACUCGGCCCGUUCAAAACUUCGUUCUAUACAGACUAACUUUUCGCUAACCUCACUCACUCACUCUUCUAGAAUUCUCUCUCUGGCUGUUUCCAGUAAAAAAAAAAAGAUGUCAAGUGGAGGAACAUACUGGUGUUACACAUGCAGGCAGCCAAUCAGGAUUGCUGGGAGGGAUGCCAUUUGCCCUUACUGCAAUGAAGGCUUCUUGCAAGAACUUGAUGACGUGCAAGGGGCAGUGGGGCAAAGAGGUUCUGAACCAAGAAAUGGGUUCAGAGAUGCUGUUGAUAACUUCAUGAGGCAGAUAAUGGGUGGAAGAUACAUAAACUUUGGUAUUCGAAUUGGCAGGUCUGGUUCUACCCAACUUCCUCAACGGACUUGGAGUGUGUUUAUAUUUCCUAGUCAAGAGUCUAGUGCUGAUCUGGAAGAAUUCUCUUAUCAACACGUUACACAUUACCAGUUUGGUGCGUCACAAUCUUCAAUUAAUGCAGUGCCAACUAUUAAGAUCACGCGUGAACAGCUAAAUUUUGAUUCAGUGUGUCCAGUUUGUAUAGAAAGAUUUGAAGUGGGUUCUGAGGCCAGGAAGAUGCCAUGUGACCACGUUUACCACUCAGACUGUAUUGUUCUAUGGUUAGUUCGCCAUAACUCGUGUCCUGUUUGCCGAAGAAAGCUGCUUCCUGAAAGACAUUCUAGUUCUCGUGGUAGUCAAAUUUGGGGAAGAAAUCAUGCCAGUGGUAAUAGUGACAAUGCUAUCUCUAGGGGCAGGGAGAAUAGACAGCUCAACAAUGGAUGGAGGAAUCUACUAUCAUUUUUUACUUUUUGUACCCAUUCUGUUCUUCUAAUUCAGAUACUCAAUCGUUUAUGCUGAGACUGGGGAUACUACUUUUCUAUAACUCUUUGACCAGAACACAGGCAGGAAUUAACCGAGUUUCAUUUUUUCCCGUGGACAAAGGUAAUUGACUGUCUAAUAAUGCUUGUGAUCUAAACGACAUGAAAUUUGUGCAGGUUGUGAGUUGAACCUAAUUCCAUAUAGAUACUAGAUCCUACAAGUAUAUGAAAAAUGUUUGUAAAUACAGUAUUAUUAUUGGAAUCAAUUUUCGUUUUGCGUUUUCCGUAGCUUAGAAGUUUUCACAUUGGUGCAACCGUAAUUUGAAAGGUCCUUUCAGGGUGGGAUUGGGACAUGGCUGGUGAAGCAAUCAAAGUGGAAGGAAAGCUGAGUGAUAAAAGCAAAACUACGGAGCUUAGCCCAAGUACAUAUGAAUUGCCCUGAAUUAUACCCUGCUUUGAUAUUCUUGUAUUUUCUACAUGAUUAAUAUAUAUGUGUUACAACUUAAGGAAACAACA